UCGCUGCCUCUCUCUUUCCCUCUCUCCUCCCCCUCUCCCUCUCUCGGCUGCUCGCUGCCUCUCUCUCCACCUGUUAGUGCGAACCCUCUCAUCCACCUGUUUCUGUUUGUGUAGGAAUCUCCUUCACUCACACAAUCAAAGACUCUAUGACGGUGCGGAGAGGAAAGAAGCUCAGCAUCUCCAUCCAGGAACACAUGGCCAUCGACGUUUGCCCCGGCCCCAUCAGACCCAUCCGACAGAUCUCUGCCUACUUCCCCCGCCUGUCCCCUACCUCCCCCAGCCCCCUGUCCCCCAACCCGGCCUCCUCGCCGCUGGCCCUCAGCCCCGGCUCCGUGGCAUCCGGGACGGUGGGCGGGGCUCACCUGCUGUCUCCGCUGCUGGCCCACGGCCGGCCCGGCAGCGUAGGCGGCGGGUCUCUGUCUCUGACCAGCAGCGUGGACACGUCGGUGGAGAUCAACAGCUCCGACAGUGACGACUGCACUGCGUUGGGAACGCUGGAGUUUCAGCUUCGAUACGAGCAGAGCUCCAGCGAGCUGCACUGCACAAUACUCCGGGCCAAGGGGCUGAAGUCGAUGGACUUCAACGGACUGUCGGACCCGUACGUCAAACUGCACCUGCUGCCCGGAGCCUGCAAGGCCAAUAAGCUGAAGACGAAGACGAUCCGUAACUCUCUGAAUCCAGUGUGGAAUGAAACGCUCACUUACAUCGGUAUUACAGAAGAGGACAUGCACAGGAAGACGCUCAGGUUGACCGUGUGUGACGAGGAUAAGUUGACUCAUAACGAGUUGAUCGGAGAGUCCCGGGUUCCUCUGAAACGGGUGAAACCGAACCAGACCAAACAUUUCCACACCUGCCUGGAGCACCCGCCCCCGCUCCCCUCUCCAACCGCCAUGGGGGAAGCCCUGCGAGGAAUCUCCUGCUACUUACGAGAGUGGGAGAAUGAGCAGCUGCACAGCCUGGAGGAGAGAGGGCGUCUGCUGCUCUCGCUGCAGUUUCUGCCUCCGCUCGGCGGAGAGGAGAAAGACGUAGAUGGAGGAGGUGAAGGGCGUCGCAGCGGGGGUCUCUGUGUCGGCGUGAAGCGUUGCGCCCACCUGGCCGCCAUGGACGUCAAUGGCUUCUCCGACCCCUAUGUCAAAAUAUACCUGAAGCCCGACCUACUGAAGAAAUCCAAACACAAAACAGCUGUGAGGAAAAAGACCCUGAACCCCGAAUUCAAUGAGGAGUUCUUCUACGAGAUCUCCCUGUCGGAGCUCACCAACAAGACUCUGGAGGUGACGGUGUGGGAUUACGACCUGGGACGCUCCAACGACUUCAUAGGCGGCGUGUGUCUGAGCUGUCACUCCCAGGGCGACGCCCUCCGUCACUGGAUGGACUGCCUGAAGAACAAGGGCCGCAGGGUGGAGCAGUGGCACAUCCUGACCAAUGAGCUGCCCCGAAGCCUCAGCCACGACUGAACGUCAGCGAGCGGGUGGGCGGGCAGCUUCCUGCAGACGGUCAGCGGCCACAGGGAUUCUCGUUAAGGGACAGACUCUAGCAACUUUACCGCAGGAAUCUGCAGUAACUGUGUUUUAAUAAUGCCGGCUGGAGAGCCGGGUGAAGCCGGAGCAGCGCGGUGCUGCUGGUGUGCCUUCAUUAGUGAUUGCUGAGUCAUCCUGAAGAAGAACACUGUCAUUACAACAUUAGCACCGAACUACAACACACGUAACAGACAGAAGAUACACUCCUACAGAGAUUAAACCACAGCUGUACACGUCCGACUCGUACUUGAAAUGAAAUUGCAUGUUUUGUUUCUACAAGAUAGAGGUUUGUCUUAUUGAUACAGAAUUUCUAUUUUAAAUAGUGUCAUGACCCUGUUAGACCCGCUUGAAAAGGUUGUGGUUUUAAACACGUUGUUAACGUUGUGAAACGGUCCCAGUUUGGUUAGGUUUACACACCAAAACUACUGAGUUAAGUUGA